AUGGCCCACCUAUUUAACAUGGCGUGCUCUACGCUGGCCGCGAUCAAAUCUGAUAGUGACGACCUCUUGGCGCAUUGGAUCGAAGCAGAGAUGACCUCAACCCGCAUAUACCCGCUCCAGGUCGUCUUCGCUACCCCAGGGAUGUAUCUGAGAGAGUACGGGAGCACCGCCGCACUGUCGGUACGCUUGAGCAAGUCACCAAUAGCAUCCGAGCCAACAAUGAAGCAUCUCACGGAUGGAGAUCUUCGACAACGUGCGCUCGGGCUCGACGGCGGAGAGGAUAAUCAAUCUGAUAUAUAA